CAUCCCUCCCUCCCCGUGGGACAGGGCCCAGGUGCAAGGGGAGGCCCACUCUUGGGCACAACCAGAAGACCUCUGUCCUGGGAGAGUUUAAAAAGCCCCAGGAGCCUCUCUCCGCCUCAGUUGACCUUCCUAACUGGCUGCAGCAUGCAGAAGCUGCUGAUUUUGAGUGUGCUGCUGGGGGCUGUCCUCGGCAAAGAGGACUUUGUGGGGCACCAGGUGCUCCGAAUCUCUGGGGCUGAUGAAGCCCAGGUACAGAAGGUGAAGGAGCUGGAGGACCUGGAGCACCUGAAGCUGGACUUCUGGCGGGCCCCUGCCCAGCCUGGCUCCCCCAUCGACGUCCGAGUGCCCUUCUCCAGCAUCCAGGCUGUCAAAAUCUUCCUGGAGUCCUAUGGCAUCGAGUACACGAUUAUGAUCGAGGAUGUGCAGUCGUUGCUGGAUGAAGAGCAGGAGCAGAUAUUCACCUCCCAGGCCCGGACCAGCUCUACUGACAACUUUAACUACGCCACUUACCACACCCUGGAGGAGAUCUAUGGCUUCAUUGACUUGCUGGUGGCUGAGAACCCACAGCUUGUCAGCAAGCUCCAGAUUGGCAGCUCCUAUGAAGGUCGUCCCAUCUACGUGCUGAAGUUCAGCACUGGGGGAGAAGACCGUCCUGCCAUCUGGCUUGACACAGGCAUCCAUUCCCGGGAGUGGGUCACCCAGGCCAGCGGGGUCUGGUUUGCAAAGAAGAUCACACAAGACUAUGGCCAGGACCCAGCUAUCACCGCCGUUCUUGACUCCCUGGACAUCUUCCUGGAGAUCGUGACCAACCCUGAUGGUUUUGCCUACACCCACAGCACGAAUCGCCUGUGGCGCAAGACUCGAUCCCUUACUUCAGGCUCCUCCUGUGUCGGGGUGGACGCCAACAGGAACUGGGACGCUGGCUUUGGGUUGGCCGGAGCCAGCAGCAGCCCCUGCUCAGAGACUUACCACGGCAAGUCUGCCAAUUCUGAAGUGGAGGUCAAGUCCGUCGUGGACUUUGUGAAGGACCAUGGGAACAUCAAGGCCUUCAUCUCCAUCCACAGCUACUCCCAGCUCCUCCUCUAUCCCUAUGGCUACCAAAAAGAAGCAGCUGCCGACCAGAAUGAGCUGGAUCAGGUGGCGAAGUCUGCUGUGGAGGCCCUGACCUCUCUGUAUGGGACCAAGUUCAAGUAUGGCAGCACUUACACCACAAUUUACCAAGCCAGUGGAAACUCCAUUGACUGGGCCUACAGCCAGGGCAUCAAGUACUCCUUCACCUUCGAGCUCCGGGACACCGGGCGCUAUGGCUUCCUUCUGCCGGCCUCCCAGAUCAUCCCCACAGCCCAGGAGACGUGGCUGGCACUUCAGACCAUCCUGAAGUACACCCUGAAUCACCCCUACUGAACUGGCCCCUCGGCCUCUCCCCUUCCUCCUCUCUGGCCCCACCCAGACAACCAAAUAAAGUUUGAGCAUACAUGGAACAGAA